GCUUUAGGGUUUGCUUGCAGCACAAGGACCGCCGAUCUUUCUUACAUAUAGGCAUUCAAUCGUUCCUUCUCCAAACGCUGCGCUUCGGUGGAUCCCUCCGUUCAAGGUUGAACCCAGGUUCCCAUCUAAUUGAAUCUUGCAAAUAGAACUAUUUUUUCUGGAGGAGUACAACUUUCCUAAGGAGCAGGUAAAAUGUCUCGAAGAGGGUUGAUGGAGCAGGAUUUGAGCAAGCUGGAUGUGACAACACUACAUCCGCUCUCACCUGAAGUUAUUUCUCGUCAGGCUACUAUAAAUAUCGGCACAAUUGGUCAUGUGGCUCAUGGGAAGUCCACAGUUGUAAAAGCUAUAUCUGGUGUUCAGACUGUUCGUUUUAAAAAUGAGCUGGAGCGCAACAUUACUAUCAAACUUGGAUAUGCAAAUGCCAAGAUAUACAAAUGUGAAGAUGAACGGUGCCCUCGACCCAUGUGCUACAAGGCCUAUGGAAGUGGAAAGGAAGAUAGUCCUCUCUGUGAUGUGCCUGGGUUUGAAAACUGCAGGAUGAAGUUGCUACGACAUGUGUCCUUUGUAGAUUGCCCGGGGCAUGAUAUUCUCAUGGCUACAAUGCUUAAUGGAGCGGCAAUUAUGGAUGGGGCAUUACUUCUUAUAGCUGCCAAUGAAAGCUGUCCACAGCCGCAAACUGCUGAGCAUCUGGCUGCUGUUGAAAUAAUGCGUCUUCAGCAUAUUAUAAUCCUUCAAAAUAAAGUUGAUCUCAUUCAGGAAAAUGUAGCCAUCAACCAGCAUGAAGCAAUUCAGAAAUUUAUUCAGGGAACUGUUGCAGAUGGUGCACCAGUAGUACCAAUUUCUGCGCAGCUGAAGUAUAAUAUUGAUGUUGUGUGUGAAUAUAUUGUGAAAAAGAUCCCCAUUCCAGAGAGAGACUUUACUUCACCACCAAAUAUGAUUGUGAUUCGGUCAUUUGAUGUCAAUAAGCCUGGGUUUGAGGUUGAUGAGAUAAGAGGUGGUGUUGCUGGUGGAAGCAUUCUCAGGGGUGUUUUGAAAGUGAAUCAGUUUAUUGAGGUUCGUCCUGGGAUUGUUGUUAAAGAUGAGAAUGGGAACAUCAAAUGCACACCGAUAUAUUCUAGGAUAGUCUCAUUGUAUGCUGAACAAAAUGAGCUGCAAUUUGCUGUGCCAGGAGGCCUCAUUGGGGUUGGCACAACCAUGGACCCCACUUUAACACGAGCUGAUCGCCUGGUGGGGCAAGUUCUUGGAGAGGUUGGAUCACUCCCUGAUGUUUUUGUUGAACUGGAGGUAAACUUCUUCCUGCUGCGACGGCUUAUUGGUGUAAGGACUAAGGGAACAGAAAAGCAGGGAAAGGUUUCAAAGCUGACUAAGGGAGAGAUCCUCAUGUUGAAUAUUGGGUCCAUGUCUACAGGUGCUCGAGUCCUUGCUGUUAGGAAUGAUUUGGCAAAGUUGCAACUCACAUCUCCUGUGUGCACCAGCAGAGGGGAGAAGAUUGCACUUAGUCGGAGAGUUGAGAAGCAUUGGCGUCUGAUUGGAUGGGGCCAAAUUCAAGCUGGAACCACUCUCGAUGUCCCACCCAGCCCCAUUUGAGUGAGAACUGAAUCAACAGGUAAAACAGAAGCGGCUGAAAAGAGGACUAAUACGGCAGAAGAGGAUUAAGGAAAAUGUGGGAGGGCAGACAACUGUUAGGAACCAUUUUUUUAAGGUGGAGAAGUUCUGGAUGCUUGUGGUUGUGAUAUUUGUUUGCUUUGUGAUAGGAAAGUACCCCAGACUGAUUCUUUUUUUUUUUGCUUCAGUAUGUUUCCGACUGAACUUACAUUUAUAUCAAUGGUUGAUGUUGGGUAAAGACAUUGUCUUGAGUGUCAGCUGUUUGAUAACCCUCUUCUGCAGCCUUGGUUUGCUUCUUCA